UGCAUGCUGUCAUGAACCUGGUGCUCUUUGAGGAGGCAAUGCAGCAUGUGUGUCGUAUCAGUCGUAUCCUGGAGGCCCCCCAUGGUAAUGCUCUGCUGGUGGGGGUGGGAGGCAGUGGGAAGCAGAGUCUGUGUCGCCUCGCUGCCUUCCUCAGUACCCUGGAGGUGUUCCAGAUUACACUGAGGAAGGGCUACGGGAUACAUGACCUACGGAGUGAUAUUGCAGCGCUGUACAUCAAGGUGGGGGUGAAGAAUAUUGGGACAGUCUUCCUCCACACAGAUGCCCAGAUCCCAGACGAACGCUUCCUGGUCCUCAUCAACGACAUGCUGGCGUCAGGGGACAUCCCAGACCUGUUCAGUGAGGAGGAAGUGGAUAUGAUCGUGACGUCCAUCCGUAUGGAGCUAAGAGGACUGGGCCUGAUUGACAACAGAGACAACUGCUGGGCCUUCUUCAUCGAGAGGAUACGGAGGCAGCUCAAGGUGGUCCUGUGUUUUUCCCCGGUAGGGUUCACCCUGCGUACCCGUGCUCGUAAGUUCCCGGCCCUGGUCAACUGUACAGCCAUAGACUGGUUCCACUCCUGGCCUCAGCUGGCCCUUCAGUCUGUCAGCACCACCUUCAUAGAGAAGAUACCUGAUCUGGAGCCGGAUGUCCGUGCGUCCAUCAGUGAGUUUAUCUCCUACGCCCAUACCAGCGUUAACGAGGUGAGUGUGAAGUACCAGCAGAACGAGAAGCACUUCAACUACACCACUCCCAAGAGCUUCCUAGAGUUUAUGAAGCUGUACGGUAACCUACUGGGGAGAAAACGCAGAGAGCUCACUCAGAAGAUGGAGAGACUGGAGAACGGCCUGCAGAAACUACAGACCACGGCCUCACAGGUGGAGGAUCUUAAGGCUAAGUUAGCAGUCCAGGAAGUAGAGCUGUGGCAGCGGAACACAGACACAGAGGCUCUCAUCUCUAAGAUCGGCCAGCAGACAGACAAACUCAACCAGGAGAGGGCGGUGGCAGACGCGGAGGAACAGAGGGUAGGAACCAUCCAGGCUGAGGUGACCACACAGCAACAGCAGAGUGAAGAGGACCUGGCGAAGGCUGAACCUGCCUUACAGGCAGCUGACGCAGCCCUCAACACACUCAACAGGCUGAACCUGACAGAGUUGAAGACGUUCCCUAACCCCCCGGCCAUAGUGACCAACGUUUCUGCUGCUGUCAUGGUGCUACUGGCUCCUCAUGGUAAAUUACCCAAAGACCGCAGCUGGAAGGCAGCCAAAGUAGUCAUGAGCAAGGUGGAUGACUUCCUACAGGCAUUGGUGAACUUUGACAAGGAACACAUCCCGGAAUCGACAGUGAGGUGCGUGAGAGAUGAGUACCUCAGUGACCCAGAGUUUAACCCUGAGUUUGUCAGACUCAAAUCAUCCGCCGCCGCCGGUCUCUGUGCCUGGGUCCUCAACAUCAUACGCUUCCACGAGGUACACUCCACACAGUAA